CCCCCGCCGCCAAACUCACCACCAUCUUCUGCAUGUGCAACAUUUGCAGCCGGACAGAAACCGCUCCCCGGCGAUGGAGACUGCGGGAAAAACCCGGCGCGGCGGGAUGGCUUGCUGAAACGGCGGCGGCUACCGGAGAGAGGCAGAGCGCGAGCGGCAGAGAAUAGCCAACAAAUACUAAAACAAAACAAACAAAAAAGAAAAAAAAAAAAAAAAGAAAAAGGAGGAAACCUCUCUUUUUCUCCCCUUUCCCUCUUUUUUUUUUUUUUUUAAUUUUUUUAUUUCCUAAUCUUGUUUGUAGCCACCGCGUCCUCAAUGCCUCUCUGAGCAGCAUCUAGCGAGCGAGCGGGAGAAGGCGAGACAGAGAGGCAAAAGAGAAGAUGAGGAUAAUUUGCAGACAGCUUGUCUUGUUGUUUUCUGGCUUUUGGGGACUAGCAAUGGGAGCUUUUCCUAGCAGUGUGCAAAUAGGUGGUCUCUUCAUCAGGAACACAGAUCAGGAAUAUACUGCUUUUCGAUUAGCUAUUUUUCUUCAUAACACCAGCCCCAAUGCAUCUGAAGCACCUUUUAAUUUGGUUCCUCAUGUAGACAACAUUGAAACUGCUAACAGCUUCGCUGUAACAAAUGCCUUUUGCUCCCAGUAUUCUAGAGGAGUUUUUGCCAUUUUUGGACUUUAUGAUAAGAGAUCAGUACAUACCUUGACCUCAUUCUGCAGCGCCUUGCACAUCUCCCUCAUCACGCCGAGUUUCCCCACGGAGGGCGAGAGUCAGUUUGUGCUGCAGCUGCGGCCUUCUCUGCGGGGAGCCCUCUUGAGCCUGCUGGAUCAUUAUGAAUGGAACCGCUUUGUCUUCCUGUAUGAUACAGAUCGAGGUUAUUCAAUACUUCAAGCUAUUAUGGAAAAAGCGGGACAAAAUAGCUGGCAAGUCAGUGCCAUCUGCGUGGAGAAUUUUAAUGACGCCAGUUACAGGCGGCUUUUAGAAGACCUGGACCGAAGGCAAGAAAAGAAAUUUGUAAUAGACUGUGAAAUAGAGAGGCUUCAGAAUCUCUUAGAACAGAUUGUGAGCGUGGGAAAACAUGUAAAAGGAUACCAUUAUAUUGUUGCCAACCUGGGAUUCAAAGAUAUUUCUCUGGAAAGAUUUAUGCAUGGAGGAGCCAAUGUCACUGGAUUUCAGCUAGUAGAUUUCAGUACCCCAAUGGUAACCAAACUGAUGCAGCGCUGGAAGAAGCUGGAUCAGAGAGAAUACCCAGGAUCUGAAACCCCACCAAAGUAUACAUCUGCAUUAACAUAUGAUGGAGUACUUGUGAUGGCUGAAACUUUCCGUAAUCUUAGAAGGCAGAAAAUUGAUAUUUCAAGGAGAGGAAAUGCUGGUGAUUGUCUUGCUAACCCUGCAGCCCCGUGGGGUCAAGGAAUUGAUAUGGAGAGAACAUUAAAACAGGUUCGAAUACAAGGAUUGACAGGAAACGUUCAGUUUGACCACUAUGGUCGCAGAGUCAACUACACCAUGGAUGUCUUUGAGCUGAAAAACACAGGCCCUCGGAAGGUUGGUUACUGGAAUGACAUGGAUAAAUUAGUUUUGAUUCAGCCUGAACCUACACUUGGAAAUGACACUUCAGCCAUGGAGAAUAGAACAGUGGUUGUCACUACAAUUUUGCCUCUGAUGAAGAAUCCUAUUUUAAGAAAUUGAUCAAGGAAGAAAAGAGUCCCAAGAUGCUGCGAACAUUCCUAACUAAGGCUCAAGUAUUAACCACCAGUCUAGUAGCAUUGAGCUAAUUUUUCCAUAUGGAUUACUGUUCCUCUGACUGGAUGACCAGGCACUGAACCACCAAGAAAAGUUCUGUGACUAAUCUGAAAUGUCUAGAACAGAUGAAGUUAACCUUCAACUUUGCCAAGCUGAGAAGAGAACGAUGUGAAAAACAAGCUUUCAGUCGAAAUUUUCCUCUCAUACCAAUCCUGAUAUCUUUGACUGAAGCUACCAUACAUGAAUCCUGUAAUUUCCAUAAAUAGCUCCAAGCUUAGGAGAAGCGAGUAAAAAAUAAUAAUGAGAAGUUAUAUAAAAGGUUCCUGUUUGCUAGAAAGUAAAAAAAGGAGAACAAGAAAGCUUUUUAAAUGUGUUAUCUUGCCUAUUCUGUUCGCAUUGAAGCAUUUUAAUGUGCAUAAUAAAUGUUAUCUUCAAAAGAACUUUUCCAGUCCCUGUAUUGAAAGGACUGGUGGUAUUAUUUGCAAAACCAAAACAGUGAAUUAAUAUUCCAAAGCAUGCCCUGUGUCUAUGCAGCAUGUCAUUUUGGGAUAGAUGCAGUUAUUUGGAAGCAACACUACUGAAAGUGUCCCCUUUCAAUGUUUCAAAAUCACAGUGCAAGAGAAAUAUAUCAGAAUUUGGUUUGAAUAAGAAUAUAUGGUGAAUUCUGCCUUAUCAUGCUCAUCUCCCACUGACUCUUCUGGGAGUUGUGCACAUGAUGUUGAAGGCAGCUUAGAACCAUGAUUCUUAAUAUUGGCCUGCAAGGGCAAUGUAUUUACCAUCCACAAGCAUAUGAUCUCGCAUAUAAAGAAAAUAUAUAUUUAAAUAGAAUAACCUUCAGAAUGCUGUUAUUUUGCUCUUCUCUGUAUUAUAGUUGUGUUGCAAAUGCCAGACAGAGACUUCUUCACCUCUUCAUUGCCCUCUUCACAUUGAAGGGAAGUUGAACCAUUGUAGAUGACACAUAUAAUUUUGGUUGCAUGCAUAUUUUCCAACUGAAAAGCUUCUGCAAACUGUGCUGUCAGGCUUUUCAGUCUUCAAAAACAGGUCUCGUGGCAGCAUAAGAAAAGUUUCCAAGUUUUCAGCAUGGCUCACUUUACUUUUUGCCUGUAGCCAAAUAGCACAAGUUGAUUUGCCUGCUAUUUCUUCAGUUUUAAUGUGUCUGUGCUUCCUUUGCUGUAAUAUGGCUGUAUGGCUACUGCAUAGACGGUGCAUUAUAACAAAUCAGCUUUGCUCUCAAAGCUCUUAGUGCUUUCUACUUGGCAAAAUGUUACGUUCAUUUGUAACGUAGUGAGAUCCCACAGAAUUUAUUUUCCAGUUUUGGUUUAGUGCAUAGACACUCAACCUAUCUCCCCUUAGUCAUGUGGCAAAAAAGCAGCCUAGAGAGCGGCUGCCGCAGGGGCAGCUGAUGCACUUUAUCAGCUGACAUGCAGCCCUGCUUUUUAUGGUUCCCAGGAGAGACCUGUGUUCUGCACCUCAUGUGGUGCACAGCCUCCUGCACAUCUGGCCCUCUGGAAAGGACAGAUAACUCUACCUGUGUGCAGAAGUGUUCCUUCCAGAGGGUAUUGGGACCUCCAAGUGCACAGUAGGCUCAUUGUAUGACUUGAGAAGGGACAUCAUGUGCAGCCCUGCUCUAACACUAAGUACAUCAAGGAAGAAUGAUCAGCUCUAAUUUUUCAAGUUCAGAAUUAUGGUGAAAAGUUGUUGAGGUAGAAUGUAGGGGAGUAGGCUGGGAAGACUACUUUAAACUCUCAAAUUCAUUUCAUGAUACAGACAACUCUGUAGCUACUUUGAAACUGCAAAACUUAAAAAUCCCAACUUUUUAGAACCAAAGCUCAAUAUACGUGAGAUGCCUCUGCAUUGUGGCUUCCAGCUCAUUAUUUUAGUGAGAAUGUCCUGGUAUUGGCAGAUUAAGCUUCAAGGCCUGGAUUUAGUUCAUGGCUCAGUCACCUAAAUACAGAUAACUUUACAAAGGGUAUUGAUUCAGUUGUCCACUUGUAAGGACUCAGUGACAUUUAAGAUGCUCCAGGGUAUACUGCCUACCCUCAUGUCUUAGAGUGGCAGGAUGACACUUGCCUGUCUCACACCAUAUAUGACCACUCUUACCUGAAUGUCUCAUCUAGUGUAUGUUGCUUCAGGCAUGUAGGGUAAGCUGUGCCCCAAGUGUGUAACUUUUCAUCAAAGUCCACAAGAAUUUAGAAAUUGAUUCAAUGGCCUAUCAGUGGGUGUCCAACAUGUAGGGUAUCAGACCAAGGCCAGCGCAAGGGACAUGGAGAACAACAGUUGGAGGUCAAGCAGGUUACGUUAGUGCAUCCCAGAUGACAGAUAUCCUUCUUUACUGAGAACCAUUCCUCAUUGUUUUGACUGGUACACUCUUGAUCAAGCCUUACCUCAAAAAUUCUAACUGUAACCUUCUUUCUCAUAAUAAAAAAGUAUUUCUUAUUAGAAACUUUAUUAAUUGCAUUAUUUAGUAGACUGGAGAAAAAAAAAGAAGUUUGUUGCAUGACAAGGAUAAAGACUUCAAACCGAAUCCUGGACACUUUAUUCAGAAAAAAAAUAAAACCACAAAAACCAAAAAACCUUCUAUUGGCAUCUACCAAAGUUUCUUUCAGAAUAAAGUGUGAUAAUGUGUGCCACUCCUGUUCUAAAAAUGACACAUUUCCUUGCACAAUUAUUUGUCACUUUUACAAACUAUUUUUACAAUGCUUAAAGAUUAGGAAAUGAACUUUAAAAUAGGAAAGCCAAACAUAAAUGUUUGGUAUUCGAGUUAGUUGUUUUCCCCCGCUUCCCUUAUACUAUGGAUCGUCAGUUGUGAGCAUUUUACUGUACACAUGAAUUUGUGGCAAUGUGGUGGAAUGAUUUGUUUACAUCUAUAAAGGUAAUUGUUGCAGACAUCAACUUGUAUUUACAAAUGUUAAGUAUUGUUAUAAAAUUGUGAAUUCUAUAAGUAAAGCUUGCACCAUUUCAAAUAUCUGUUCCGUGCUAGUCAUUGAUCAUUUCAAUGUGGACUUUUCCUUGAUUCACUACCCUAUAGAAUACUAUUAUGCAGCUGAAAUCUUGCAAGUAUUGUGGUGUUAAGCCUCA